AUGGCACCGAAACCACCAAAGUCAAAGAAAGGGAAGAAGAAGGUGGCAGCAGCACCACUUGCAGCUAAAAAGGUUGACCCCAAGAAGAUUGUCAACCCACUGUUUGAGAAAAGGCCCAAAAACUUUGGAAUUGGCCAAGACAUCCAACCCAAGCGAGAUCUCAGCCGGUUUGUGAAAUGGCCCAAGUACAUUCGUCUGCAGAGACAGAAGGCAGUUCUCUACCAGCGUCUCAAAGUUCCCCCACCAAUCAACCAGUUCACACAGGCUCUUGACCGCCAGACAGCCACACAGCUGUUCCGCUUGAUGGAUAAAUACAGACCUGAGCUGAAGAAGCAAAAGGAGGCUCGUCUGCAGAGUCGUGCUGAGGAGAGGGCUGCUGGCAAAGCUGACAAGCCAACAAAACGGCCCCCAGUUGUGAGAUCUGGCAUCAACACCGUCACUGCCCUUGUUGAGUCUAAGCGGGCUCAGUUGGUGGCCAUCGCCCACGAUGUGGACCCCAUUGAGAUUGUUCUGUUCCUGCCAGCUCUGUGUCGUAAGAUGGGAGUCCCAUACUGCAUCGUCAAGGGCAAGGCCAGACUUGGUCAGGUGGUUCACAGGAAGACGGCUACCUGCCUGGCAUUCACCCAGGUCAACCCUGAGGACAAACCAGCCUUGAGCAAGUUGACAGAAGCUAUCAAGACCAAUUUCAAUGACAGGUCUGAUGAGAUCCGCAGACAUUGGGGCGGUGGUCAGAUGGGUUCCAAGUCCCAAGCUAGAAUUGCCAAGGUAGAGAAAGCCAAGGCCAAAGAAUUAGCACAGAGAGUUGGAUAA